UAAUUUGGAUUAUUGUCCAAGCAAAGCCCUACUCUCUUCCCUUCUUUAGAAAAGAAUAAAACUUUCCGUUUAAACCCUAGCCACAAGGGUUUAUGCUUUCUGGCACCACUCGCAGGAAAUUUUGCAUUCAGCAAAUGAUUUUUUGAAUAACAGAGAUCGCACCCAAAAAUCAAAGAUCUUACCCAUGGCUGCAUCCAGAUUAACGUCCUGCGUGGCAGCAGCUGCUGCUGCUGCUGCGACGGUUACCACAAAAGUGUCAUACGCUGAGGGUUCUUUUCGAUUCAAUCCAUUUUCUUCCUCUUCGUCAUCAACUUCGCAGCAACAACAAUCAGACCACUCGUCAGAUGACAAACCCGAAUCCGAGGAGCCCAAGGGUUCAGGUUUUGAUCCUGAGGCCUUGGAGAGAGGCGCAAUAGCUCUUCGUGAAAUCAACAGCUCUCCUUGUUCGAAACAGGUCUUUGACAUUAUGAGAAGGCAGGAACAAACUCGGCUGGCGGAAGUGGCUGCUGAGAAAGUUCAUUAUGAAGCAAUUCAAGCUCAAAUUGAUAUUGACAGGCAGCGAAAAUUGGCUGAAGAACAACGAAACUUAGUACAACAACAAGCACAGGCAAAGGCUCAAAUGCUGAGAUAUGAGGAUGAAUUGGCUAGAAAAAGGAUGCAGACAGAUCAUGAAGCUCAAAGGCGACAUAAUGUUGAAUUGGUCAAGAUGCAAGAGGAGUCGUCUAUACGAAAAGAACAAGCGAGACGGGCUACUGAAGAGCAGAUCCAAGCUCAACAACGCCAGACUGAGAAGGAGAGAGCUGAAAUAGAAAGGGAAACAAUAAGAGUUAAAGCCAUGGCUGAGGCCGAAGGCAGGGCUCAUGAGGCAAAAUUGACCGAGGAUCAUAACAGGAGAAUGCUAGUCGAACGUAUAAAUGGUGAAAAAGAAAAAUGGCUUGCAGCAAUUAAUACAGCUUUUAGUCACAUUGAAGGUGGAUUUAGGAUCUUGCUGACUGAUAGAAAUAAGUUGAUUAUGACUGUUGGAGGUGCUACUGCAUUAGCCGCUGGAGUUUACACAACCAGAGAAGGCGCCAGAGUUACCUGGGGUUAUAUUAACCGGAUAUUGGGGCAACCAUCAUUGAUUCGAGAAUCAUCCAUUGCUAGAUUUCCGUUGUCUGGGGCACUAUCUAAAAUAAGGAGCAAUGUCCCAAAAUAUAGUACAGCUGCUGGAGCAGCAGCGCCUUUGGAAAGUAACAACGGUUUCAAAAAUAUUAUUCUGCAUCCUUCAUUGCAAAAGAGAAUAGAGCACCUUGCUAGAGCUACAGCCAACACUAAAACUCACCAGGCUCCAUUUCGAAACAUGAUGUUUUAUGGGCCUCCUGGCACCGGUAAAACAAUGGUUGCAAGGGAGAUAGCACGGAAAUCGGGUUUGGAUUAUGCUAUGAUGACCGGAGGAGAUGUCGCUCCAUUAGGUGCACAGGCUGUAACAAAAAUACAUCAGAUUUUUGAUUGGGCUAAGAAGUCACGAAAAGGCCUGCUGCUUUUUAUUGAUGAAGCUGAUGCCUUCCUGAGCGAGCGUAAUAGUACGCACAUGAGUGAAGCUCAACGAAGUGCUUUAAAUGCUUUGCUCUUUCGGACUGGGGAUCAAUCAAGGGACAUAGUUCUUGUCCUUGCUACCAACAGGCCAGGUGACCUUGACAGCGCCAUAACUGAUCGUAUUGAUGAAGUGAUUGAAUUCCCACUUCCUGGAGAGGAAGAACGUUUUAAAUUGCUAAAUCUUUACUUGAGUAAGUACCUCUCUCAUGAAGAUGACAAUGGGUCAGAUUGGGGCCUUUUUGUCAAAAAGAAGCCACAGAAGAUAACCAUGAAAGAUAUUUCUGAAGAUGUAAUUUGCGAAGCUGCUAAGAAGACUGAAGGAUUCUCUGGUCGUGAGAUAGCGAAACUCAUGGCCGGCGUCCAAGCAGCUGUAUACGGGCGUCCUGACUGUGUAUUGGAUUCACAGCUAUUCAGGGAAGUUGUAGAUUACAAGGUUGCUGAGCACCACCAACGCAUAAAACUUGCAGCGGAAGGCAGUCAACCAGCUUAGCUGGGCAAUAUGCCCUUCAGGGUUUUCAUUCAAGAACUCUACCAAAUCCAAGCUGGAAAUUUUGUUUAAUUAUUAGUAUUUUGUUUAAUAUUAUUGAAUGUUGCACAAAUGUAUUCAUCAAAUAGUUUUUCUUGGGAGAUAGAGUAUCUUUAUUUGAUAGUCUUGAAUCAGUGGAGAAAUAAGAAUGAUAGCAAGAGAUGGAGAUAGGCCAGCCACUCUUGCAUGUUCUGCA